GAGCCGGGGACCGCCCCGAAGUCUGCGCUUGGCACCGCCGCUUGAACUAGGGCAGCGCCUGCUGGGACCCCGAUCUCGACCCGGACCCCUGCGCCUUGUAGGAGGAGGCGGCGGUGCCGCCGCGCCACCCAGCUCUUACGCGGUCUCCCUGUGUUUGGCGGCAGUCACGGCCAAGAAAGUAUUAUGAGGGAGGCCGAGGACCCCAUGCUCCGAGCAGAGAAGCGGCGCUGGGAUUAGGGGUUGCCACUUCUGAGAGGAUGCUGGGAAUCUGCAGAGGGAGACGGAAAUUCCUGGCUGCCUCCCUGACCGUUCUCUGCAUCCCAGCCAUCACCUGGCUUUACCUGUUCGCCGGGAGCUUGGAAGAUGGGAAGCCGGUGUCCCUGUCGCCUCUGGAGUCACAGCCGCACAGCCCCAGGUAUGCGGCCGCCAGCCAGCGGGAGCGCGAGAGCCUGGAGGUGCGCGUGCGCGAGGUGGAGGAGGAGAACCGUGCACUGCGGCGGCAGCUCAGCUUGGCGCAGGGCCGCGCCCCAGCCCACCGCCACGGCAACCACUCCAAGACCUACUCCAUGGAAGAGGGUACUGGCGACAGCGAGAACCUCCGCGCCGGCAUCGUGGCUGGCAACAGCUCUGAGUGCGGGCAGCAGCCGGUCGUGGAGAAGUGUGAGACAAUCCACGUUGCCAUCGUCUGUGCCGGGUAUAACGCCAGCCGCGACGUCGUCACCUUGGUCAAGUCCGUCCUGUUCCAUAGGCGGAACCCCCUGCAUUUCCACCUCAUUGCCGAUUCCAUCGCAGAGCAGAUCCUGGCGACGCUCUUCCAGACCUGGAUGGUGCCUGCCGUGCGUGUGGACUUCUACAAUGCAGAUGAGCUCAAGUCUGAAGUCUCCUGGAUCCCCAACAAACACUACUCAGGCAUUUAUGGUCUAAUGAAGCUCGUCCUGACCAAGACUCUUCCUGCCAACCUGGAGAGGGUCAUUGUCCUUGACACGGAUAUCACCUUUGCCACCGACAUCGCAGAGCUGUGGGCCGUGUUCCACAAGUUCAAAGGUCAGCAGGUCCUGGGCUUGGUGGAGAACCAGAGUGACUGGUACCUGGGAAACCUGUGGAAAAAUCACCGCCCUUGGCCUGCGCUCGGAAGGGGCUACAACACAGGAGUGAUCCUGCUACUUCUGGACAAGCUGCGGAAGAUGAAGUGGGAGCAGAUGUGGCGGCUGACUGCAGAGAGGGAGCUCAUGGGCAUGCUGUCCACCUCCUUAGCUGACCAGGAUAUUUUCAAUGCCGUCAUCAAACAGAACCCCUUCCUCGUGUAUCAGCUCCCCUGCUUCUGGAACGUGCAGCUGUCGGACCAUACCCGCUCUGAGCAGUGCUACAGGGACGUGUCUGAUCUGAAGGUCAUCCACUGGAACUCCCCCAAGAAGCUGCGGGUGAAGAACAAGCACGUGGAGUUUUUCCGCAACCUCUACCUGACCUUCCUGGAGUAUGACGGCAACCUUCUGCGGAGAGAGCUCUUCGGCUGCCCCAGUGAGGCUGACGUCAACAGUGAAAAUCUCCAGAAGCAGCUCUCUGAGCUCGAUGAGGACGACCUGUGUUACGAGUUCCGGCGAGAGCGGUUCACUGUCCACCGAACCCACCUGUACUUCCUGCACUAUGAGUAUGAGCCUGCUUCGGACAACACGGAUGUCACCCUGGUCGCUCAGCUCUCCAUGGACAGGCUCCAGAUGCUUGAGGCCAUCUGCAAGCACUGGGAGGGACCCAUCAGCCUGGCCCUCUACCUGUCGGACGCCGAGGCCCAGCAGUUCCUCCGCUACGCGCAGGGCUCCGAGGUGCUCAUGAGCCGCCACAACGUGGCCUACCACAUCGUGUACAAGGAGGGCCAGUUCUACCCCGUGAACCUGCUGCGCAACGUGGCCAUGAAGCACGUGGGCACGCCCUACAUGUUCCUGUCUGACAUCGACUUCCUGCCCAUGUAUGGGCUCUAUGAGUACCUCAGGAAGUCUGUCAUCCAGCUCGACCUUGCCAACACCAAGAAGGCGAUGAUAGUCCCUGCAUUCGAGACACUGCGCUACCGGCUGUCUUUUCCCAAGUCGAAAGCGGAGUUGCUGUCAAUGCUGGACAUGGGCACUCUUUUCACAUUCAGGUACCACGUCUGGACAAAAGGCCACGCUCCCACAAACUUCGCCAAGUGGCGGACUGCCACCACGCCUUACCGUGUUGAGUGGGAGGCAGAUUUCGAGCCGUACGUUGUCGUGAGAAGGGACUGCCCUGAGUAUGACCGGAGGUUUGUGGGCUUUGGCUGGAACAAGGUGGCUCAUAUCAUGGAACUGGACGCACAGGAAUAUGAGUUCAUCGUGCUGCCCAAUGCCUACAUGAUCCACAUGCCUCACGCCCCCAGCUUCGACAUCACCAAGUUCCGGUCCAACAAGCAAUACCGCAUCUGUCUCAAAACCCUGAAGGAGGAGUUCCAGCAGGACAUGUCUCGCCGCUAUGGCUUUGCCGCCCUCAAAUAUCUCACGGCUGAGAACAACAGUUAGCACCAGGAAGCCCACCACUAGGGAGAGAGACCUAUUCUGCAGGGGGAACACCACUCGCUGUUUGGGGCCCAGCCUUCAAACUCAAAAUUGAGCAAUGCUUUUUUGGUUUGUUUUUAUUUGUCUCUUUGGCCCAACAAAGCUGCCCAUACUACAGAGAUCUGGGACAAGGAUCCAGCCAGCGCCUCUCUGCUCCACAAUCUGGCAUUCCCAGAACGUGGAAGAACAGCUUGUUGACACAGUCUCUUCAAGAAUGGGACACAGAGGAGUUAGAGGAGCAAAGGGGUUAUCCAACCACAAAGCCACAAAACCAAGCAGGUCUUUAGGACGUUUUCAUUGCUUUUUAAGAAAGGAAAGUCAGGGUGCUGGGGGUUAGCCAUCCUGGGAAAUAAAAGCAAAACUGUCUCUUCGUUCAGAGGAAACUUUCUUUUUUUGUCCUGCAAUCUAGCCACAUAUCCAAGGUGGGAGGCAAACCAAUGAUCUGAACCAACCAUUUGGAAAAACCCAAUGGGGACGUUAUACUGGGUGGGACCUGGAGGUGGGGCGGAGGGGGGGGGCGUCGUUUUGUUCUUUAUCCUCAAGGACACUCUUGUUUUGCUUUGAUUUGUUUUUGUUUGGUGGGGGUUGUUUGUUUUUGGUCUGGGAAUCCAAAAUAGAAAACCUGAUCUUUUAAGGCUCCGAAGGAGAAUCGGUUGCCUCAUCCAGCAUACCCCUGUCAGCAGUGGCCCCGCAAGGAGUACGAGAGUCUUCAGCCACUAUCUAAAAUGGGCAGCCUUCUUCAGGUUUAUCACUGAGGCCCCCAUGACCUUGAAUCCCCUGCUCUCCAGAAUCCAGGGGCUCAGACGGAGACUGUGGAAAUACGAAGACCGUCACAUUUGCUAUUGGCCGUGACUGGUUCAUGGGGAAAGGGCUCAGAAGGGACUGUUCCAGCGUACAUGGCAGGUACAGACCUCUCAGGCCUUCAGAAUUCCAGUAGUUCUCACAAGCCCAGUUCUGAAGAUCCCACGUGUCCAUCUGGAGACCAUCAGGAAGACUGUGCUGGGUUCCUCUGUGUUCGUGUUAAUUCCCUGCGGCUGGGACGAGGUCACGGCCUCGGGCUCCCUCUGGGACCUGUCCAGAGAGUAGGCAAGCACCUUUACCAUUACACGGAUUAAGGAGACACUGGACUUUUUACCCAUUUUCUUGAAUCUUCAAUAUUAAUGUUGUGUUUACAUUGAUGAGAACAAGAGUCCACGCCCUACUCUUGGCUGGGCUGUUUGUAUGGAGUUGCAAUGUGACCAGCGAACGCUGCAUUCAAUAAACGGAAGUCCGGACUGUU